UCCCGUGCGAGCGCGGCGCGGUCCCAGUCCGGAGACGAGGCGUCGGCGGCCGCCAGCGGCCAGCUGGGGGCCAGCUCCAGCGGCCGGGUGUACGCCAGCGGGAGUGGACAGGUGUCGCCCGCGAGGAGUGGACAAAUGUCGCCCAGCGCCAGCGGGCAGGUGUCCACGCCGGGCAGCGGGCAGGUCUCACCAGCGCGGAGUGGAGAGCUGUCGUCCAGCCCCGGCGGGAGGGCGUCUUCCCACACCAGCGGACAAAUCUCUCCCACUCAGAGCGGACGCGUGUCGUCCACCCACAGCGGCCGGCUGUCCACCAGCGCCAGCGGCCAGGUGUCACCGACCCAUAGCGGCCAGCUGUCGUCGGGUCCGAGUGGCAGGGUCUCCUCCAGCGCCAGCGGUCAGGUCAACCCGUCUCGCAGCGGUCGGGUGUCAUCCAGCCACAGCGGGCGGGUGGCCUCCACCACCAGCGGACAGGUUUCGCCGGCGGGCAGCGGCCAGAUGUCGCCGAACCUGAGUCAGAAGAUGUCCGCCGGCGGGGGCGGCCCGCUCGCGACGAGCAGCAGUGAGGCGGCCUCCUCCAGCCCCAGCGGCCAAGUGUUCACCAGCGCCUCACAGGGUGGCGUGGCUCGGUCGGCCUCCGGCAGCGUGACGGCCUCGCAGACCGGCAGCCGCGCGUCGGCUACCGCCAGCUCCUCCUCGGCCGCCGCUGCGUCAAGCGCCAGCAGCGCCUCGCGGCGGGACGUGUUCGCCGUGUCCUCCGCCAGUGGCACCGCGCCGCUGACCGGGGCGUCCGCCACCGACGCCGACACCGUCGGGCCCCAGCAGGAUGCCGGGAGGAGCGCCGACCCGACGCCGCAUUAG